UCCAUUCGCGGACAAUCCUCCCUCAGCCCGUUACUCGCUUACUCCAUUACUCCUCGGUGUUAUUCCUGCCAACGCACUCAUUCAUUUGUUUGCUGGAUUCGCUCUCUUUUUGCUUUUCGCUAUAUCGAAGGGGUUGAAAUGUUCCACUUCCGGCCAACGGCAGUGCUCAAGGAGAUCAUUCAGAGGCAACUGAAGCGACAUUUGGCAGGCGGAGUCCACGCUCUACCUGCAGCCGGCUACCGGAGCCGCUCGCCGGUCACGGCCGCGGCGACACAGCAGCAUGCCGCCAGAAGCUUUUGUUCCAAAGCAGAUGGACACAAUGAGGGAAACAAAGAUUCAGCUACAGAACAGAGAAGGAAGGCAGGUAUUCUACCCAGCCUAGAGGACUUGCUCUUCUACACCAUAGCUGAAGGCCAAGAGAAGAUCCCAGCACACAAAUUCACCACAGCUCUCAAAGCCACGGGGCUUCGCACAGGAGACCCCCGGCUGAAAGAAUGUAUGGAGAUGCUGAAGGUAACCAUGAAAACAACCUCAGAUGGAGCCCUGGAUAAACACCUCUUCAAGAAAUGUGUGCAGAGCAACAUUGUGCUGCUCACUCAAGCCUUUCGGAAGAAAUUCGUCAUUCCCGACUUCCAACCGUUUUGCCGCCACAUGAACGAACUGUACGACAAAGCAAAGAACAUGUCAGGAGGGCAGGUGGCCGACUACAUUCCCCAGCUUGCGCGCUUCAGCCCGGACUUGUGGGCCGUCUCCUUGUGCACCGUCGACGGUCAAAGGCACACGGUGGGAGACACCAAGGUGCCCUUUUGCCUGCAGUCUUGCGUCAAGCCGCUGAAAUACGCCAUCGCCGUCCACGACCACGGCACCGACUACGUGCACCGCUUCAUCGGCAAAGAGCCCAGCGGCCUGCGCUUCAACAAGCUCUUCUUGAGCGACGACGACAAACCUCACAACCCCAUGGUGAAUGCCGGCGCCAUCGUCUGUACUUCUCUCAUCAAGCAAGGAGCCAGCAAUGCUGAGAAGUUUGACUACGUCAUGAACUUCAUGAACAAACUGGCAGGAAACGAGUAUGUCGGCUUCAGCAACGCCACGUUCCAGUCUGAGCGGGAGUCCGGAGACAGAAACUUUGCUAUCGGCUACUAUCUGAAGGAAAAGAAGUGUUUUCCCGAAGGAACGGACAUGACAUCCAUCUUGGACUUCUACUUCCAGUUGUGCUCCAUUGAGGUGACCUGUGAGAGUGCCAGCGUAAUGGCGGCAACCCUGGCCAACGGCGGCUUCUGUCCCAUCACAGGAGAGCGCGUGCUGAGCCCCGAGGCCGUGCGCGACACCCUCAGCCUGAUGCACUCGUGUGGGAUGUACGAUUUCUCCGGACAGUUUGCUUUCCACGUGGGCCUCCCGGCGAAAUCGGGUGUGGCCGGCGGCAUCCUGCUUGUGGUUCCAAACGUCAUGGGCGUCAUGUGCUGGUCUCCGCCUCUCGACAAGCUCGGCAACAGUGUCCGAGGCAUUCAGUUCUGCACGGACCUGGUUUCCCUCUUCAACUUUCACAACUAUGAUAAUCUGAGACACUUUGCAAAGAAACUGGAUCCUCGCAGGGAGGGAGGCGAUCAGAGGGUGAAGUCUGUGAUCAAUCUGUUGUUUGCUGCCUAUACCGGAGACGUGUCUGCCCUGAGGAGGUUUGCCUUGUCGUCCAUGGACAUGGAGCAGAGGGACUACGACUCCAGGACGGCUCUGCACGUGGCUGCGGCCGAAGGCCACGCCGAGGUGGUUCGCUUUUUGCUCGAAGCCUGCAAGGUCAACUCGGUCCCCAGAGACAGGUGGGGCAAUACGCCGAUGGACGAGGCGGUUCACUUCGGCCACCAUGAUGUGGUCACCAUCCUGCGUGAUUAUCAAAAUCUAUACAGUCCUCCGGAGAGCCCAGCGACAACGGAGAAGGCAGAGAAGAACCUCGAUAGCUUGCUGUGAACCCUCUGGAGGGCGCAUCACCGCUCCAAAGCGGCUUGCACAUAAUACGGUGAUAAAAACUAUAAAUUUACAGUAUAUUGAAUUUGUGAUUACAGCAAACCUAAGCAGAAGCUCUUGAUCAUGUUGUUGUUAGCUGGCGUUGUUGUACUUUCACUUCAGUGUAUCUUGGAGUAGUUUUAGGUGGAAGUGAUACUGUAAUAUUCCACCAGAUUUACUUUUGUAGUCUCCUGCAGGAUGUUACCAGCCGCAAACUGAAUGCUGGCUUCAUUUAGUGGCAGCUGGUAUGCUAUUUUGUUUUAGACAGUUGGUGUAGA